AUGACCAAAACAGCCAAGCAAAAGAUAAUGUGGCAGACCAUCAAGGCUCUCCAGGAUUUGAAACAAGGCCUCUUUGAAACCGAGAAAAAGCUCCGUUCUUCUCUUGGUUUUAAAGUAUUAUUUAUUGCUGGUAUGACAUUAGUGGGAUAUUUGCCAUAUGAAUUAAGAAAAGUAUAUUCCGAAAAACAACCCAGCAUUUUCUCAUUGAUGAAUAAAGAAUUUACUCGAACGGAAGAAAAAAAGGAAGCUAUGAAAAGACUUUUUGGAGAAUGA